CUUGUAAUGUCAAACCCCUCGGCAGCUAGCCACAGCGAUGCCGCAACCUUUCUAAUUCCGGGUGGCAUCUUACUAGGAAUCGCUAUCCUAACUUCCGUUGCCCGCUUCUACUCCCGAUACCGUCCCGAAUGGCUUCUUAGAUGGGAUGAUUAUGUUCUCGCAUUUUCGCUAUUACUUACUAUUGCUUGGUUUGCACUCGUUGUGGCGAUGUAUUCAUACGGCCGCGUUAUUGUGGAUCCUAGACAAGCAUCGAUUAUUGGCCCCUUAGCGGUUGCUAAUGGCGUUAUUUGGUUCUGUGCCAUGAAUAUGAUCAGAAUUUCAAUGUGCUUAAUGAUUCUACGGCUAAAAGACUCGAGACGAUGGAAAUGGCCAUUAUGGAGCCUUAUCGCCGUCCAAAUCGCGAUGAUCCUUUCCGCAACUUCGGUUAACCUUGCCUACUGUCGUCCAAUAAGUGCAGCAUGGGAGGCCAACCCGGAUGCCGUGUGCUUAAAACCGUGGCAGAUGAAGGCGUACGCAUAUACGUACAACUCCUUUAACAUCGCUUCCGACUUCACUCUCUCGCUAAUUCCUCUUGCAUUUAUAGCGAAAAUGCAUCGACCGAAGAGUGAGAAAAUCCUUAUAGGAUUUCUUAUGGCGACUGGCCUUAUAGCCUCUGUCUUUGGAGUCUUGAGGCUCGUCAUACUUUUAGGGAGUUUUCAGGAUCAAGGUAUGAUCGGGAUGGCUGUAAGAAGCGACUUGUUGUGUGGCUUGGAGUUGAUGGUAGCCAUUAUUGCUGCCUCGUUGCCCUGCCUCAAAGCACCGACGCAGCGAGUCUUGCACCACUUUGGUGUCCUU